AUAAAUGGCGCGAGCCUGAGAACUGUCACUUUGCUGUCAGUCAUCACAGUAGCCGUAUUAUUUAAGACAUUCUUUAAUUGUUUUUGCCUUAUUUCAUCCUUAUUUUUGGCACUAAUUUUCCUUGAUUUUGUCACACGAUGACUAAACGACCCGUGUCUGAACUCGAUUGGGGAGAUGCUUUAUCUCACUGCCCACAGUCGAAAAUACAAGUAGGCAACAGAGAAAUCAAUCAAGGCAUUUGUUCAGAAUCCAACAUGAAAGCUGUCUACAGAAAGACAUUGAAUCUCCUUUUUCAAGGCUCAAAGGCCAAACCAAAUCAACUGGAAACUACACAUCCAAUACCUACACAACCACCAACAAAUCUGCCCAAGUAUUCUCAAACCAUUAUAACUUUGGAUGGGCGGAUCUCACCCCAACAAAUUGAUGGGCAGCCACCCAGUGCCUUCGUUAAUGCCACCUUACCCCACAGUUGCAUGUCAUGCUCUUCUGCUGGCAGUUUUAUUGCUCUGGAGAGGUGCAAAUUCUGUGAGGGAAUGUUUUGCGACAAGUGCUUCAAGCUCUGCAUGUCUUGUGGUGGGGAAUUUUGCAGCAAGUGCUCCAUUCAGACAUACUCCAGGGAUGAAUGCAGCAUCUGCUUGUCAUGUGCAACAAAACGUGGCAACUUGUAAACUGUUUUACUGUACAAAUUUUUAUGCAAAGCAUAUAAGCAAAAGAAAAGAAUCCAUUGUAUAAUCAUGUGUAAAUACAACUGUUUCAAAUACUA